CCAACAUUUCGUUCGCAUCGCGCAUCGUCGCAUACACCACCACACCACAUACACCCCUACAAUUUCCCUCCUCUCUUUUCAAUAUACCCCAUCUUCUCACAUCAAUCACAAUGACAACCUCCACCUCCAACCCCACCACUACCACAACAACAACAACAACAUCAACCUCAACACCAACAAAACGCAAAUCCUCCACCUCCGAAUCAACCCCCAAAACCAUCCACUUCGCCGCGCGCACACCCACAUGGACAUACCUCAAACUCAUCAGCAUCAACCACGACAUCACCUCCACAACUCCUACCCUCGACCCCCUCACAGCCCGAACUUACCUCUCCGCCGCCCUAAGCCAAUUCCUCGGCCUAACCGGCACCGCCAUCCCCAUCGACAUCCUCAAGGUCUCCACGGAACACAGAACCCCGACCGUUUGGACGCGAGUCCCCCGCGACGACGCCUCAGCCGUCGUUGCAGCGCUAAGUUCCUGGAUCGGAGGGAGUACAAAUACCGGGGGUGGUAGUGAUACGUCGGCAGGGAAUGUGGCUUGGCGGGUCUGCGCGAAGGGGAAUUAUCUAGGGGCGCUGGUGCAGGGGUCAGGAUCAGAGUUGUUUGUGCCAUAGGGAAGGUGGGGAGAUAUAACUGGUUGGUGAUCGAGGUGAGAGGCUCUCUCGACGAUACACAUGGUCUACUUACAAGCGUGAUGACCACGGGCUGUCAUUGGAUUGACUGUCAUGAAGGGCCAGAUAUCGCCAGAACCUGACGUGCGCUCAUAUCACCAAACAUGAAAUGACAGGUCAAAAACGCGAAGGAUUGAUUACUCCGCAUUCGGACAUCGAUAAUGGAUCUCUAUGUCUACUGGGAGUCCAGAUGGGAAUGGGGACCUCAAUCCGUCCUUGCGAAUGGGAGCAUGGAUCGAUCCCUGAUGGGAUUUUAGCUGAUAUACCCAUUUUCAGUGCAAAAGUCUAGGUCAUAUAUUGUAUCCAGCAUGGUAUUCUGAGUAUUUCAACUACUUAUAUACACAAAGUCAGCACACCAGAAAUGUCAGCUGAGUUGUGAU